CUCUGGGCCUUCGCCGAAAGCCCUCGUCUCCUCCCCAAUUUACGGCUUCUGCCACCCCGCGGCGAGAAAGAAAGAGUAACUGAAGAACGAUUCUUUGUUUCCCCUUCGCGUGGGUCGAGAGUUCGGGCUGUGCGGACCGAUCUAUGUAGAUUUGGUGGCGCUUCUCUGGAAUUUAUGGGGCCGAAGAGAGUAUUCGUUGCGUAGGUCGGAAUCUCGCGGAGGAAGUCUGGAUCGGAGGCGAAGGCGAGGAAAGGUCCUUCUCUUUGCCCUCUUCCUGCUCUCUAUUGGGUGGCGAUCGAGGAGGAACUUAGGGUUUGAUUUGGUCGCGGGAAAUGGAGGGAGAGGUCGGUGCGCAGGUCGCACCUUCCGUCUUCUUUCGCCAGAACCAGGCCCUCCCUGGAUCCUUCCAUGAGGCGCCACUGCUCGCCAAGAAGCGAGACUUCCCGUGGAAGAACAAUCCCAACUUUCCUCACGGCCAGGAGCAAGAGAUCCAGCGGCAUCGGCUGUUGGGCUCUUCUCUUCCGAGCCACGGCGGUAACUGGAACCCCAGGAUGUGGGAUUGGGAUGGCGUGAGGUUCACGGCGCAGCCCUCGACCGAUGCAUCGGAGGUCCUCCACCUGGGGUCCCAGCCGUCACAUGCGGCUGCUGCCGUGGUCGACCAGAGGAAAGGGGAUGAGGGCCCGAAAGAUUCGACUUUUGGCAGGAACUUGGCAGAGGAUGACCAGAACCUAUCGCUGAAGCUGGGAGGCGGAGCUUACACGGGAGACGAGCCGGCGGCGAGGCCAAACAAGAGGGUCAGGUCCGGCUUGCCAGGGAGUAGUGGCAACUAUCCGAUGUGCCAGGUGGAUGAUUGCAAGGCGGACCUGUCGAGCGCCAAGGAUUACCAUAAGCGGCACAAGGUGUGCGAGGUGCACAGUAAGACUGCCAAGGCACUUGUGGGGAAGCAGAUGCAGAGGUUCUGCCAGCAGUGCAGCAGAUUUCACCCCCUUUCUGAGUUUGAUGAGGGGAAGAGAAGCUGUAGGAGGCGGCUAGCAGGACACAAUCGUCGCAGAAGGAAGACACAACCAGAGGAUGCUUCUUCUAAACUAUUGCCUCCUAGAAUCCAAGAGAGUACGACAAAUGGAAAUCUUGAUAUCGUCAACUUGUUAGCGAUAUUUGCACACCUGCAAGGUAAUAAUCAAGUUAAACCAGGUAGCAUCCCUCCUCUGCCUGAUCAAGAUCGUCUUGUCCAACUAAUUAGUAAACUAAGUGCUCCAAACAAUGCGAACCCUUCCUCAAGAUCAUCUAUACCUGUUGGAAGUUUUGAUUUGAAUGUAUCUCAAGUUCCAGCACUGGAGUCAUUUGAACAAUCACUGAAGAAAAAUAGUCAAGAAAAUGCACCAUCCACAACGGACCUGCUGACAGCCCUCUCUGCCGCGCUAGCAGCAUCUGCUCCUAAUGACCCUGUCUCUCUCUCACAAGGGAGUAGUGAAAGUAGUGGCAAUAAUAAGGCCAAGAUCCAAAAUGCCGAACCACCCACUGAUGUUAAUUCACAUAAUAAAUCAACUCAUAUCCAUCCUUCAGCGGGGGUCCUUACAAAAAAAUGCACUGAUCGGUCUGGGGUGGAAGUGCCUUGUCGGGUUGUUCAUAAAGCCCGUCAAAGUUUACCUUUGCAGCUUUUUGGUCCUGCUGAUGAUGAGAGUCCCACAGAACUGGGAUCUAUGGUUAAAUAUCUUUCCUCUGAAAGUAGCAACCCUAUGGAGGAGAGGUCUCCUUCAUCUUCUCCCCCAGUUACAAAGAAGCUAUUCCCUUUACAUUCAACCAUGGAAAGGCAGAAAUAUGCAGAAGCAUCAGAAUGUCAGGAAGACAAUGCAACCAUUGAGCUAAGUGUUAGCCAUGGUCGAAGUGCACAGCUUCAGCUCUUUAAGGAGUCAGAUACACUACUUGAAGAUGGGGCAGUUCCAAGUGUCAUGCAUCGAGCAGGUUACAAGUCUUCUGGUUCAGAUCACUCUCCCUCUAGUUCAAAUUCUGAUGCUCAGGAUCGGACUGGGCGAAUAACAUUUAAGCUCUUCGGCAAGGAUCCGAGUUGUUUUCCGGAUACACUUCGUACUCAGGUAUUUAGUUGGCUCUCAAACAGCCCAUCAGAGAUGGAGAGCUACAUUCGGCCUGGUUGUGUGGUUCUAUCUAUUUAUUUAUCAAUGCCAUCGAUUGCAUGGGAAGAACUUGAUGAUGAUCUUCUUCAGCGUGUCACUUCACUACUUCAAUAUUCUGAUACUGAGUUUUGGCGGAAUGGGAGGUUUUUAGUCUCUACAAAUAAACAGCUGGUGUCACAUAAGGAUGGGAAGAUUCGCCUGUCUAAAUCUUGGAGAGCUUGGAGUGCUCCAGAGCUGACAUCAAUAUCACCUGUUGCCAUUGUUGGUGGGCAGGAGACUUCCCUUGUUCUAAAAGGUCGCAACUUGACUGUUCCUGGCACCAAGAUCCACUGUGCUUAUAUGGGUAAAUACAUUUCGAAAGUUCUUUGCUCAGCAUAUCCAGGCACCAUAUAUGAUGAUUCCUGUGUGGAAAGGUUUGACUUUCCAGGAGGAUCUCCAAGGGUUUUUGGUCGAUGUUUUAUUGAGGUCGAAAAUGGUUUCAAAGGGAACAGCUUUCCUGUUAUCAUCGCCGAUGCUAGUAUCUGUCAGGAAUUGAGAGCCCUUGAAUCAGAUAUUGAUGAAGAUGUUCAGAUGGCAGAUGCCAUCCCAGAGGAACAAGUUCAAAGUAGUGUGCAACCCAGGUCGAGAGAGGAUGUUAUGCAUUUCCUAAAUGAACUUGGUUGGCUGUUCCAGAGGACUAAUGCACCAUCGAGCCUGACCUUGCUGGAUUUCUCCAUCACACGGUUUAAGUACCUAUUUACAUUUUCAGUUGAGCGAGAUUGGUGUAAUCUUAUCAAAACUCUUCUAGAUAUUCUAGUGGAAAGAAGCAUGAGGAAUGAUGCCUUAGAGCAAGAGUCUUUGGAAAUGCUUUCAGAAGUUCACCUCUUGAUCAGAGCAGUUAACAGAAAGUCCAAGCAAAUGAUAGAUUUGCUUCUCCAUUAUUGUGUAUGCCAUGGAAAAGAUGCAACGAAGGUGUAUCUAUUUCCUCCAAACAUGUCUGGCCCUGGUGGAAUGACUCCAUUGCAUAUGGCUGCAUCUAUGCUGGACGCAGAGGACAUUGUUGAUGCACUCACUAAUGAUCCACAAGAGGUUGGGAUCAAUUGCUGGAACUCGAUACUGGAUGACAGUGAUCAGUCCCCCUAUAUGUAUGCUACUUUGAGGAACAAUCUUUCUUAUAACAGACUGGUGGCCAGGAAGCUUGCUGACAGGACAAAUGGUCAAGUGACCAUAUCGGUUGUAGGCGGAGAGAUAUCCAUGGAUGAGCCAUGGGUAGGACUGAAUAGGCAUGGGACUUCUCAAACUUCACAAUUAACAUCUUGUGCACAAUGCGCUUUAAUGGGGGCUCGACCUCUUAGACGAACGACAUACUCUAGGGGGCUGCUUCAACGCCCUUAUGUCCAUUCGAUGCUUGCAAUUGCUGCAGUUUGUGUUUGUGUCUGCUUAUUUUUCCGAGGCUCACCACAGAUUGGUUCUAUUGAGCCAUUCAAGUGGGAGAAUCUAGACUUUGGCCCAAGAUAGCUUUGAAGAAUGGAGUAGUUUGUUCGGAUGUCAUGUUGCAGAUCAUCAUAUUCUGUCAUAUCGCUGAAGGUGCUGUCAUUUUGGUUUUGACACUGGCACCUUAGAUUUUGAUACAGGAAGUGGCAAGUGAAGCCGAGACAAAGCUUGAUGUGAGUUGUUUGGUGAAGAAAGCACCUCUUAUGAUCCUGUUUAGCGAAAUCAGCUCGAGGCUCCACUGGAAGCUGGAAGUGUCAUGAUGGCAGUAGAGUGGAGUUCUGCGGAAGAAUGAGUUCCUUCAAACACACGAAGCAGAGAAAGAAGAUCAGAAUGGACUUAGGAAGCUGUCGUUGCCUGUAUUCUGAAGCAGUCGGUGUUGUGUUGUGGUCCUGUCUAUUUGUUGGUCUUAUUUUUUAUCCAUGGAUAACACAGCACAAGAGGUCAAUGAGUUGGUCUGUAAUAACCCAAUUGUCUUCAUGCUUGGUGGCUUGUUGAAGCUGGUUACAGAUUGGAUAGACACCAUGAUUCUUUUGUUCUGAAGCAGCAUCUGCUGACACAAAAAUAUAUGGGGCACAACACACCCUAACAGCUGGUUGGCAAUGUAUGUAUCUCAACAUUAUCUUCA